UCCCAGGCCCUAGCCAGGGCAGAGGUCACCUGCCAGUUAUUGUGACAUCACAAACUCCGCUGGGCUGCAGGCUCCCAGGCAGGUUGCAGAUGAGGCCUGGCCUGUCCCCCGCCUGUGGUGCAGAGGAGCACUAGAAAAGCCGGGUGGCUGUAGCGGACAGAAGCAGCAUGCUGUCUCUCUAACGAGCUGUUCCCGAGGGCUGCAUGGCCGGCUGCAGGCGCUUCCCUGUGACCAGUGGCUGCAGAACGUUCCUGGCUGAUGACCCGGCCUCGGGCGUGCACCUCGGCGUGGAAGGUGGGAUCCUCUGCCAGCUACUCCGUUCUCCAGAUUACAACCUUUUCCCCAAGUCGGCAGUGUUUGAAAGUAAUUUCAUUCAGGUGACGAAGCAGGGGAACUGGGUGGAUAUCCUCAACGCCCCCACACUGGUGACCCUGGGGGUGACGUCCUCGGAGCCCUGCCUGCCCCUCCCCAACGUGCUCCUGAUCGCCAGGCUCGCAGAGCUGGGAGAAAGCCCCCCCGGGAGGGCAGGCCAGCCCCAGGAGCCCUCCAUGGCCCUUAGCAGCAUGCUGACUGCAGUGCCCUGGCAGGUUCUCAGUGGGGCGGGCGUGGCCCUCCUGCUGCCAGACCCUGUCCACACCCCAGAGCCAGCCGCUCACUCCUGUCCCUGGGGACUCGGGCAUCCUGUGCUUUCCCUUGGCUCUAGGCUCCUCCCGUUGAGGUACGUCAGACUGUCGGUCCAGGACAGCGCCCGGCGCCUGCUGCGGGUGCAGGUGGUGACGGGGAAGGUUUAUUACCUGCGGCUGCACCAGGCGCACCCUGACGCCGUGUUCACGCUCUGGAGCCGGCUGGCGGACAUCCUGCAGUGGGGGCUCUCCAUCACCACCAAGGACCCCUCCAUCCACGUCCCGCACAGCCUGGUGCUCAGUGUGGGCAGCUCCUCCACCAGCUCCUCUGCACAGGUACAUCGCCCGGGGGCGAGGACCCGGGGGCCGGGUUGCUCUGGGGGCCCCUCUGCGUCUCCACGUGCAGGGGGCUGUCCUGGGGCCCCCUCUCCAUCCCCUUGUUCUGUGGGACCUGUAGGGGAUCUGGGGGUCGAGUCCGGGGUCGAAGCUGGAGUUGGAGACAUCCCAGUACAUCCCUUCGGGGACCCCCAGGGACAGCUGGUGCCUGAUUCCCAGCCGCCCUCGGGAGCCAGUCGCAGCAUGGUGCCAAGGAUGGGCAAGCUAUUGUCAGGGCCACUCUCCCAUCUCUCAGGAGCAGGCCUGGGGAAAAUGGAGAAAGACGGCUCGGUCCAGAGAAGGCAUCCUACUCCAGACUUGACUCAAGACAGAACAUUAUGGAGGCAUGUGACCCUGCUGGAGGCCUCAGGGUCCUACCACACUCCAUCCCAGAAAGAAGCAGUGGAAGAGUGUCGUAUGUCAGACACGGGAGGGAAACUGGCGGUGUGUGAGCGGUGCCGGCGGGACAGGCCGAGCGACACGGGAGAGAAAGCCAGCCUGAGGACAGCCCUGCGGUGGUUAGACACCAAGUGCCAUGGACUGUGGGAACGAGACACGCCUGCUGGGCUGCUGCCCCUGUCCCGGCUCAGCAGCUUGGUAGCUGCAGGUCGGCAGUAG